CCUGCACGCACAACAUAUACACAUAUACAGACACACACCUCCGCGCGCGCCCGCGCACCCCCGCUCGUCAUCACCUUCGUCGUUUCCAAUCCCUUUCUCGUAGUCGCGCGAGCUUCCACAGCCCAGUCGCCUCCUCCUCCUCCGCCGCCGCCGCCGCCGCCGCCGCCUCCCCCACUCCCCUCCGGUUGUGUGGCUCCCGUGCUUUCCGCAUCUCGGACUGUCACUCUGGUGAGAGGUUGUUCGCAUAAACCCUCGUUCUAAGAGACCUUCGCUUCCUUCGAGAGAGAAAGAGACAAGAGAGACCAAGGCCGGCAUGUCCGGGCAGCAGCCGCAACAACUGCCGGCGACGGCUCCUCUGGCGCCGAGCAACCCGACUCCCUCGCCGGCCUCGGCCGCGCUUCUCCUUCACCCGCCGCCGCCGCCACCGCCGCCGCCGGCCACUUCGGCCCCGCCGCCUCCUCCUCCUCCGCCCGCCGUAGCGGCGGCGGCCACGACGACGACGACGGCGGCAACAACAGUCUCGCCUGUCUCCUCAGCUGGGCCCAUGUCUGCCGGGAGCGGCAGUAGCGCCCCGGCCCCUUUCCCUCACUGCGGCGAUCCAGCCCUCAACGAGCAAGAGAAAGAGCUCAAGCGGCGCCUGAAGCGGCUCUAUCCGGCCGUGGACGAGCAGGAAACGCCGCUCCCUCGCUCUUGGAGCCCGAAAGACAAAUUCAGCUACAUCGGCCUCUCACAGAACAACCUGCGCGUCCACUACAAAGGCCAUGGGAAAACUCCGAAAGAUGCUGCUUCUGUUCGCGCCACUCACCCCAUACCUGCUGCUUGUGGAAUAUAUUAUUUUGAAGUAAAAAUUGUCAGUAAAGGAAGAGAUGGUUAUAUGGGAAUUGGGCUCUCAGCUCAAGGAGUGAACAUGAACAGACUACCAGGUUGGGAUAAACAUUCAUAUGGUUACCAUGGAGAUGAUGGGCACUCAUUUUGUUCCUCCGGAACUGGACAGCCCUAUGGUCCAACAUUUACAACUGGUGAUGUCAUUGGUUGUUGUGUAAACCUUAUCAACAAUACCUGCUUCUACACAAAGAAUGGGCAUAGUUUGGGUAUUGCUUUUACAGACUUGCCGCCAAAUCUAUACCCCACAGUUGGACUUCAAACACCUGGAGAAGUAGUGGAUGCUAAUUUUGGACAACAUCCAUUUGUAUUUGACAUUGAAGAUUAUAUGCGUGAAUGGAGAACCAAAACUCAGGCUCAGAUUGAUAGAUUCCCUAUAGGAGAUCGGGAAGGAGAAUGGCAGACGAUGAUCCAAAAGAUGGUUUCAUCUUAUUUGGUACAUCAUGGAUACUGUGCAACAGCAGAGGCAUUUGCUAGAUCUACUGACCAGACUGUACUAGAAGAAUUAGCUUCCAUUAAAAAUAGACAAAGAAUUCAGAAACUGGUCCUAGCAGGAAGAAUGGGAGAGGCCAUUGAAACAACACAGCAGUUGUAUCCAAGUCUGUUAGAAAGAAAUCCUAAUCUUUUAUUUGCUUUGAAGGUACGUCAGUUUAUAGAAAUGGUCAAUGGUACAGACAGUGAAGUACGGUGUCUAGGAGGCCACAGUCCAAAAUCUCAAGAUAGCUAUCCUGUUAGUCCACGAUCAUUUAGUAGUCCUAGUAUGAGCCCCAGCCAUGGAAUGAAUAUCCAUAGUCUAUCAACGGGCAAAGGAAGUAGCACGCACUGUUCUGGUUUUGAAAAUAGUUGCAGUAAUGGAGUAAUAUCAAACAAAGUUCAUCAGUCAUAUUGUCACAGUAAACAUCAGUCUACCAGUUUAAAUGUACCAGAACUCAACAAUAUAAAUGUAACAAGAUCACAACAGAUCAACAACUAUUCCAGCAAUGAUGUAGACAUGGAAACAGAUCACUACUCUAAUGGAGUUGCAGAGACAUCAUCUAAUGGUUUCUUAAAUGGUAGUUCUAAACAUGAUCAUGAAAUGGAAGAAUGUGACACAGAAAUGGAGGUGGAUUCCAGUCAGUUAAGACGCCAACUAUGUGGUGGUAGCCAAGCUGCUAUUGAAAGAAUGAUUCACUUUGGCAGAGAAUUACAAGCUAUGAGUGAACAACUAAGAAGGGAGUGUGGCAAAAACUCACAAAACAAGAAAAUGCUCAAAGAUGCAUUCAGUUUACUUGCAUAUUCUGAUCCAUGGAAUAGUCCAGUUGGAAAUCAGCUGGAUCCCAUUCAGAGAGAGCCUGUGUGUUCAGUUCUCAACAGCGCAAUACUAGAGACACACAAUCUACCAAAGCAACCUCCUCUUGCUCUCGCAAUGGGACAGGCUUCACAGUGUCUAGGUCUGAUGGCCCGAUCAGGAAUUGGAUCCUGUGCAUUUGCCACAGUGGAAGAUUAUCUACACUAGCUAUGCAUCUGAAGGUGUCCAUGGUGUAUAAUGUGGCAUAUAUUCAACAUGAAAGUAGACCAACUCUGCCAAUUGGGAGUUUGGAUUUUUUUUAAUUAUGUACUAAGGACAGGUCUGUUGCUUUACAUUGCUUCCUAGUUUACAGCAUGAUGCAAAUGAUUUUCUAAACUACUGUUAGGAGAUAUUUUCCAUCUUUAACCAGCGUUAAAUAUCAUCAGUAACAUCAGAUUGAAAAACCUUUGAAUUGUUACAAACAAACCAAAAAGUUCUGCCUUCCUCCUGGAGGGCAGGGCAAAAUAGAUAAUGUUGUGGAUGUGUUAGUAUGUGGGUGAUGUAAACUUCAAGCAGGAUAAUUUGCCAACUUUCACCCUCAUUACAUAGAUCAAUCAAUGUAAUUUGCAAACUGCGUAUGUACCUGACAGUUUGGCUGUAUAGUAUUGAUGGGAAGAAAUAUUUUUAAUGUGUACUGUAAAACUUGAAAUACUCAGGAGCUGAGUGAAUAUGUUUGUUGCUACUUACAAUCUCAACCUGUUUCCUAGUGGUUUUUGUUUUAACAUGGUCGUUUCAGCUGUUUCCUGUUUAACUGCAAACAACUUACGUUGUAGACUCACCUGUUUAACUGUUGUAUUAUAACAGUAUUACAUGUCAACACAGUGUGGUUAUGGCCUAUUUAUAUAAAAACCAAAUAUUUAGUCAAUUUCAGUCUUAAUUUAAUCUUUGUACACCCUGCAUUUUAAAAAGUGCUUAAAUGAGUACUCUAUUGCAAUAAAAUGUAGUGAUACCAUAAUUAAUCAGCCAUUAAAUACUUACAUAUGGUAGGAUUGCUACCUUAUUUUUCUGCUUGUGUUGUAUUUGGGAUUCAAGUAGAUAAAAUUUAAAUAUUUAAAUACUCUGGUUUCUCUUCAGAUCAUAUAAAUUUUUCACUUUUAAAAUAUUAUUGCUACGUCAAGUGACAUAUCCUGGACCAAAAUCAUGUUAUGAUCUAAGGCUGAUGCAACUAAAUUAACGGCCCUGAAUUAUUGUGGUUAAUGUUUGCUUUUUAUAAAGUAUAUAUAGCUAAUAUAUAAACAAGUGUCAACAAAUGCAGGCAAUGGAUACCCAAAAUAUGAUUCUCAUAGGUCUGGCCCUAUACUUAUUCUAUACUUUAUGCAGCAGGGGGUCUACAUAAGAGCUAACAUUAGUUUCACAUUUGACAUUACAAGGUAGCAAGAUUGGAUGUUAUACAAAAUCUGAUCUUAUCCUAUAAUAGGAAAGAAUCCAAAUGCAUGCAUUUGCUUCAUUUUUUUUGUCUGAAAGGAAUGAAAAUAGCAGUGGUAAUAGUUCCUCCAGAUAUUAAGCUAGGAAAGCUUUAUGCUUUCACCAGAAUAAAUCCUGCAAUAAUCUACCUGUGCCUCUUAAUGGCAAGGAAACAUUCCUGAACUAUUGAGUAAAGAACAUAUAUUGGCCAAAAAUGGUCCAACUUUAUAAACAACUGUAUGUUUUUGUUUGGUAAAGCCUUUUGGUCU